CAAUCAGUUAAUAGCUCGGAAGAAGAAUCAAAUGAGACUGAAACUGAUGGAUCCGAAGUCGAGUCUACACCGGACUGGCAUGGACAUUCUUGGUCAUCUACCUGGAUGACACUAAUAUCCACUUGCCGACCUUUGGAAGUUACCUCGACCACCUAG